AUGCGGAAGAAAUUGGAGGCUAUUCUCACCAGUAUGAAAGAUAAAACCGAGUUGCAAAGUAUCAAGGAACUUUUGCAAGAAGAAGGAAAUCAACGUGCUUUGCGAGGGCAGCAGCAGACUGAUAGUGUCAGGUACCUGAAUGGGUUGAACUCGUGGUUAAAACCAGUUGUAACCAACGGCGCAUCUCAAACACAGGCCGGGACCGAGAUCCAGGUUCACUUUUCCAAUUAUUGCAAGACAUGCACAAAUACCCUUCAGAUAUCUAUAGAUAAUUCAGGAGUGUCUUUAGUAAGUCUUUCUCCAUACAUUACCAUUGACUUGGUCGUUAAUCAAGAACACGAAAAUUUCUUUCGAGGAAUAGCGGCAGAAUUGUUGAAUGAGAUCAGAGGCGAGAGACUUCGAUUUGUCGACGCCAUAAAAGAAGCCACCGAAAUUAAUGUGCAAACUCAUGUAGAGGAGUUCAAAAAGGAACUUAAGCGCGAGGUCCAUGGAAUGACGCAAGAAAUAGGCUGUUUCUAUCGGGAACGACAGACAAUGGAGAACCAGAUUACCGAGCUUUUUGCCUUUUACUCCAAACAGACACAGGGCAUACCUUUUGCAGCAAAUGCCAGGUAUCAGGUGCCGCCCGUUGGGCAGGCACCCAAUCCAUCUCAACGACACCCCUUUUUUAGCCCAGAGAGACAGACCCAGUUAUUGAUGCCUCAUAAUCCGGAAGGCCCUCGAGCGACGUAG